AUGCCAAGUUUCAGUGUGCCGAAUAAAAUGACGGUAUCGCAUCAAUUGUGCCUAUAUUUGAGAAAAAAUGAGACAAUUGAUUUCAACGCGCUGCUUAAUCACUCAACAAGAGAAGAAGUGGCAUCAAACAUUAAUAGGAUAACCUAUGCCUAUAUUGCUCCAUUUAUCAUCAUAUUCGGAAUCGUCGGAGACGUCCUUACGGUUGUUACGCUCACCCAUCAUCUGCUGAGAAAAUCGUCGAUUAUUUAUACAUAUCUAACACUACUCGCUAUGACCGAUUUGCUUACGCAAUUCUCCGUGAUUCCGAUGAUCAUGUGGCUGUUGGAUAUUCGUGCAUGCUCGGCAAUAUCGGCGUUUUUCUACGCUCAUAUUGGGUUUCCUUUGGCCAACGCUUUAAUGGGCUCGUCUGUCUGGAUUGUGGUAUUUCUAACAUUAUCGCAGUACAUGGCGGUGUGCAAGCCAUUCGCCUACGGAUUACGAUCUCGCAAAAUUUGCUUCCUAUUGUUCGUUCUAGCCUAUGCGUUCAAUUUUUGCAUAUAUGCGCCGUGGGCUGUGAAGAAGGAUGUUCAUGAUAUUUCAUCGAUUAUACCUGAGCAUCUGACGGAUUCCGUUUGCCCUUAUGUUGUAUGUGAUGCCAAGAGACCUGACUGGUUUGUAAUAUAUGAAACAUCACGCGAAUUGAUUUCACGGAUAUUCCCAUUCUUCCUGGUGGCGUUUCUCAAUAUUCGGAUUCUAAUCACUUAUAGGAAUACGAAAAAGGAUAGGAUGGAGAGGCUCGCAAACUCACAAAAACGAUUCAUGUAUGAGAAAAGCGAGAAGGAAGAGAAACGAUUAUUCAUUCUACUCUUCGCCAUUGUAAUUAUAUUUUUCAUUUGUACAAUCCCGGCGGCGCCGCUGACAAUUCUAGUGGCAGAUGCGAAGAGCAACAAUGCCGGAUUCCAGAUUUUCCGCGCAGUUGUAAAUUUGCUUGAGUUCACUAAAUUCGCUCUCAAUUUCUAUUUCUACUGUUUGAUUAAUCCUGACAUUCGUGGAAUUUGUGCCCAUGUGAUAAUGUGUAGGAAGCUCACGAGACCCCCAAGAGUUAAAGGCCAACCAACUACUCCAAUUUCAAUGUAUACUAGAUCCACAAAAAAUUCCACAAUUCGCGACGCUCAUAAGGGAAGUGAGAAACGCAAAGAAGAUCAUAAUGACAGUGUAAAACGCGCAGAUUAUUCAAGAAAUAGCUCAUUGAAAUCAAGAGAUAAUACGAAGAGAAUUGUACCCCCGGACACCUUAAUCGAAAAGCUAACAGUGAUUAAAGAGAAUGAGAGCGUGAACUCAGAAACUGGAGACCGCGUCUAG